UGUGUUCUAGCAGGUUCAUCUGGCACUCACGUAGUUUGUGUCUGUCUCAUUCACGAAAAUUUUAAACUGUCAUUUCAUGGUGCAAAACUUGACAAAUUAAAAUGUAGCGAUGAAAGUCAACCGUUUUCUUCAUAUCGAGAUUGCUUGAAAAUGGUUAUUUGUCCUCGGCCUACGAGUGACUGCUAUUUGGGAACCUGUAGUAACUGUCCUGGCUCGACAAAAUUAAGAAGAACGAUCGAAAAUAUUUUCAAUGAUAACUUUGUAGAUGAAAUAACGUAUAAACAAUGGACUCAAGUAGAUCGAUGUUCUUUGGAAACGAUUGUGAAAUCAACUGAUGAUUUCGUUGAUAAUUUGGUAGAAUCUAUUCCAAAAUUCCUUCAGCAUGAUUUUAUUGCUCGUCAACAGGCUGAAUUUUUUCAAACUACGAAAAAGAAUCUCGAAGUUGGACAAGUACUUGUUGUUGCUGACUUCUCAGAAAAUUACUCAUUUUUACUUCAAAACAGUGUCCAAGGAGCUUAUUGGAAUAAUAGUCAAGCGACAAUCCAUCCAUUUGCUUGCUAUUAUAGAUCCAUUGAUGAAAAUGUCGACAAUAUAGUACCUCUAAAUUUGAUAAUCAUUUCAGACAACUUGACGCAUAAUACAACAGCAGUUUAUAGUUUCCAGGAAGUACUGACAUCGUUUCUGAAAAAUAAAAUCCCAGACAUUUCUAAAAUAAUUUAUUUUUCGGAUGGUGCAGCAUCUCAAUAUAAAAAUCGGUACAAUUUGCUGAACUUGCUGCAUCAUGAGGAAGAUUUUCAAAUACCAGCGGAAUGGCAUUAUUUUGCAACUUCACAUGGAAAAGGUCCAAGUGAUGGUUUAGGCGGAACAUUAAAACGGAAGGUUGACAGAGCCAACCUCCAAUCUAAAGCUGACGACCAAAUUCAAACACCUGAUGAGCUAUUCCAAUGGGCAAAAGAAAAUGUUCACGGAAUCAAUUGUGACUUUGUUUCAAAUGAGCAGAUUCAGCGUACUCAAAAAAAACUUAACCAGAGAUUUAAAAAUGCUCUGCCAGUACAAGGAAUCCGAAAUUGUCAUGCCGCUAUUCCCAUUUCAAGUGAUGUGAUGAGAGUAAAAACCUCAUCCUCAUCUGAGGAAGGAAAGGAUUUCCGGUUAAAAAAUACAGAUAUCUACGAGUUCGUUGAAGAACCAGAUAUUAAAAGCAGGUUAAGAAAAAGAAAAGGAGCAACAACAGUAACUGAAGAAUUGAAGAAAAAAAAAUUUUCGUAACAGAAUGUCAAGUAAACUUACACGUAAAAAGCCCUAUUAAAUAAAUUAAUAACCAAUAAUAAACAAAUAUCAUUAAUGUUUUUUUUCUCAUCAUUA